AUGGAGCUCCUUACUGUGCUAGUAUACUAUAUCCUCUUUAUCAUGAUCUCGUCGACCCACGCGAUGAUGCCGCUCCGAAAACACCCUCGUGAAUUCGUCAUUGAUAACUUCUGUAGAAGCUCCGUCAACAAUCUCGGUGCAUGGCACGGCCCUGGCGAAAACCUCCCAAUCGAGUACGACCAAGACGACGACGAUGACUGUUCCGUACGACUAUCCCCUUCCAAUCCCGACCACAACUAUCAUACCCAGUUCUCCUACUCCUGUUUCGACCUCUCCAAAUAUCGGAAGAUGUUUCUUCACAUCAAGUAUUCGGGCAGCGAUGCUUUUACCAUUUCGCUGUACCAACAUAACGGUGCUUGUAACCCAUGGCGUGCUCCGUUUCCAGGAACAUUUGACAGUGUCGAAGCAUCUCGCUACGUGACUGACGAUGAAGGUGAUAUCUACAUUCCACUGUCCCAUUUCUAUAUCGACCUCAAGCGAGCAUCGUCAGUUGCAUUUCACGGCUUUUAUACGAGUCAGGAGACGAUCCUACACAAAGUCGAGAUCGUCAAGCAUCUGCCCGACGAUGUUGAUGUGCCUAGGAAGUUGCCAACAGGGACAAUGGUACUGAACUGUAAGAGACCAAAUUCUUUUGCAUUUGGUAUCGAUGAUGGCGACCCAGCACUGGCGCAGGAGGUUAUGGAGAUACUUGACGAAGAGCGUAUCAAGGUCACUUUCUUUGUUGUUGGGCAGGGAUUGCGAGAUCCAUUUACCAACUUUACAAACUUGUACUCUGAGAUGCUUGAAAAAGGUCAUCAGGUUGCAUUGCAUUCUGACACGCAUCCAAAGAUGGAAGGUUUGCAAACAAUAGAUGAGAUUGACGAUGAAAUUACUGGAGGACAACAUGCCCUCAAGGAUAAUCUUGGAGUCAAAUCUCGAUACUUCCGCCCUCCUUACGGCACCGUCGGAGCCCGAAUGAGACAAAGACUGGCCGCUCAUAUCGACAAUCCAUACAUUGUGAAUUGGAGCGUGGACGUCGAGGACUGGCUUUGGGCGAAUACGGAUGAGCCUUGGAGGCAACUGAGAGCAUUCCAUCGCGACGUCGAGCGAGGAGGUGAUCUAGUGGUGAUGCAUUAUCUCACCUGGAGUACGGUCAAAUACUUUCGAGACUUUAUAGAUAUUGCUAGACGGAAGGGCAAGCGGAUUAUGAGGAUUGAUCAGUGUAUGAUGGACCCUGAUGCUCCCAAGCUGUCGAGCUUGAAGUCGUGGCAAGAUGAUGGUGAAGAGUCGAAGAUGCUGCGAACGCAACGUCCUAGUCAAAACGAAGUUGAAGAAGUCAAAUCGAUAGAUGAGACGGGGGAAUAA